AUGUCGUGGCGGAGUGGUCUACGUCGUGAGCUUGGGCGUGCCAAGUGUGGCACACUUGGUGCCGAGAACAUGGCCCUCUACCAUGGCACCAUGGAGGUUUCCCUCUACAUUGUAAACUCAUCAUGGCACCAUGGAGGCUUCCUUCCACAUUGUAAACUCAUCAUGGCACCAUGGAGGCUUCCCUCUACAUUUCUGCUGGAGGAGAGUCUGCUGGAGGAGAGUCUGCUGGAGGAGAGUCUACUGGAGGAGAGUCUGCUGGAGGAGAGUCUACUGGAGGAGAGUCUGCUGGAGGAGAGUCUGCUGGAGGAGAGUCCGCUGGAGGAGAGUCUGCUGGAGGAGAGUCUACUGGAGGAGAGUCUGCUGGAGGAGAGUCUGCUGGAGGAGAGUCCGCUGGAGGAGAGUCUGCUGGAGGAGAGUCUACUGGAGGAGAGUCUGCUGGAGGAGAGUCUGCUGGAGGAGAGUCUGCUGGAGGAGAGUCUACUGGAGGAGAGUCUGCUGGAGGAGAGUCUGCUGGAGGAGAGUCUGCUGGAGGAGAGUCUGCUGGAGGAGAGUCUACUGGAGGAGAGUCUGCUGGAGGAGAGUCUGCUGGAGGAGAGUCCGCUGGAGGAGAGUCUGCUGGAGGAGAGUCUGCUGGAGGAGAGUCUGCUGGAGGAGAGUCUGCUGGAGGAGAGUCUGCUGGAGGGGAGUCUGCUGGAGGAGAGUCUGCUGGAGGAGAGUCUGCUGGAGGGGAGUCUGCUGGAGGAGAGUCUGCUGGAGGAGAGUCCGCUGGAGGAGAGUCUGCUGGAGGAGAGUCUGCUGGAGGAGAGUCUGCUGGAGGAGAGUCUGCUGGAGGAGAGUCUGCUGGAGGAGAGUCUACUGGAGGAGAGUCCGCUGGAGGAGAGUCUGCUGGAGGAGAGUCUGCUGGAGGAGAGUCUGCUGGAGGAGAGUCCGCUGGAGGAGAGUCUGCUGGAGGAGAGUCUACUGGAGGAGAGUCCCCUGGAGGAGAGUCCGCUGGAGGAGAGUCUGCUAGACGAGAGUCUGCUGGAGGAGAGUCUGCUGGAGGAGAGUCUGCUGGAGGAGAGUCCGCUGGAGGAGAGUAUGCUGGAGGAGAGUCUGCUGGAGGAGAGUCUGCUGGAGGAGAGUCUGCUGGAGGAGAGUCCGCUGGAGGAGAGUCUGCUGGAGGAGAGUCUGCUGGAGGAGAGUAUGCUGGAGGAGUGUCUGCUGGAGGAGAGUCUGCUGGAGGAGAGUCCGCUGGAGGAGAGUAUGCUGGAGGAGAGUCUGCUGGAGGAGAGUCUGCUGGAGGAGAGUCUGCUGGAGGAGAGUCCGCUGGAGGAGAGUCUGCUGGAGGAGAGUCUGCUGGAGGAGAGUAUGCUGGAGGAGUGUCUGCUGGAGGAGAGUCUGCUGGAGGAGAGUCCGCUGGAGGAGAGUCCGCUGGAGGAGAGUCUGCUGGAGGAGAGUCUGCUGGAGGAGAGUCUGCUGGAGGAGAGUCCGCUGGAGGAGAGUCUGCUGGAGGAGAGUCCGCUGGAGGAGAGUAUGCUGGAGGAGAGUCUGCUGGAGGAGAGUAUGCUGGAGGAGUGUCUGCUGGAGGAGAGUCUGCUGGAGGAGAGUCCGCUGGAGGAGAGUCCGCUGGAGGAGAGUCUGCUGGAGGAGAGUCUGCUGGAGGAGAGUCUGCUGGAGGAGAGUCCGCUGGAGGAGAGUCUGCUGGAGGAGAGUCCGCUGGAGGAGAGUAUGCUGGAGGAGAGUCUGCUGGAGGAGAGUCUGCUGGAGGAGAGUCUGCUGGAGGAGAGUCCGCUGGAGGAGAGUCUGCUGGAGGAGAGUCUGCUGGAGGAGAGUAUGCUGGAGGAGAGUCUGCUGGAGGAGAGUCUGCUGGAGGAGAGUCCCCUGGAGGAGAGUCUGCUGGAGGAGAGUCCCCUGAAGGAGAGUCCCCUGGAGGAGAGUCUGCUGGAGGAGAGUAUGCUGGAGGAGAGUCCGCUAGACGAGAGUCUGCUAGACGAGAGUCUGCUAGACGAGAGUCUGCUGGAGGAGAGUCCGCUGGAGGAGAGUCCGCUGGAGGAGAGUCCGCUGGAGGAGAGUCUGCAAGAGGAGAGUCUGCUGGAGGAGAGUCUGCUGGAGGAGAGUCCACUGGAGGAGAGUCUGCUAGAGGAGAGUCUGCUGGAGGAGAGUCUGCUGGAGGAGAGUCUGCUGGAGGAGAGUCCGCUAGAGAAGAGUCUGCUGGAGGAGAGUCCGCUGGAGGAGAGUCUGCUGGAGGAGAGUCCGCUGGAGGAGAGUCCGCUGGAGGAUAGUCCGCUGGAGAAGAGUCUGCUGGAGGAGAGUCCACUGGAGGAGAGUCCGCUGGAGAAGAGUCUGCUGGAGAAGAGUCUGCUGGAGGAGAGUCUGCUGGAGGAGAGUCUGCUGGAGGAGAGUCUACUGGAGGAGGAGAGUCUGCUGGAGGAGAGUCUGCUGGAGGAGAGUCCGUUGGAGGAGAGUUCGCUGGAGGAGAGUCCGCUGGAGGAGAGUUUGCUGGAGGAGAGUCCACUGGAGGAGAGUCUGCUGGAGGAUAGUCCGCUGGAGAAGAGUCUGCUUGAGGAGAGUCCGCUGGAGGAGAGUCCGCUGGAGGAGAGUCCGCUGGAGGAGAGUCCGCUGGAGGAGAGUUUGCUGGAGGAGAGUCCACUGGAGGAGAGUCUGCUGGAGGAUAGUCCGCUGGAGAAGAGAAUGCUGGAGGAGAGUCUGCUGGAGGAGAGUCUGCUGGAGGAGGAGAGUCUGCUGGAGGAGGAGAGUCUGCUGGAGGAGGAGAGUCUGCUGGAGAAGGAGAGUCUGCUGGAGGAGGAGAGUCUGCUGGAGGAGGAGAGUCUGCUGGAGGAGGAGAGUCUGCUGGAGGAGGAGAGUCUGCUGGAGGAGGAGAGUCCGCUGGAGGGGGAGAGUCUGCUGGAGGAGGAGAGUCUGCUGGAGGAGAGUCCGCUGGAGGGGGAGAGUCUGCUGGAGGAGGAGAGUCUGCUGGAGGAGAGUCCGCUGGAGGAGAGUUUGCUGGAGGAGAGUCCGCUGGAGGAGAGUCCGCUGGAGGAUAGUCCGCUGGAGAAGAGUCUGCUGGAGGAGAGUUCGCUGGAGGAGAGUCCGCUGGAGGAGAGUCUGCUGGAGAAGAGUCUGCUGGAGAAGAGUCUACUGGAGGAGAGUCUGCUGGAGGAGAGUCUGCUGGAGGAGGAGAGUCUGCUGGAGGAGGAGAGUCUGCUGGAGGAGGAGAGUCUGCUGGAGGAGGAGAGUCUGCUGGAGGAGGAGAGUCUGCUGGAGGAGAGUUUGCUGGAGGAGAGUCUGCUGGAGAAGAGUCUGCUGGAGGAGAGUCUGCUGGAGGAGAGUCCGCUGGAGGAGAGUUCGCUGGAGGAGAGUCUGCUGGAGGAGAGUCUGCUGGAGGAGAGUCAGCUGGAGGAGGAGAGUCUGCUGGAGGAGGAGAGUCUGCUGGAGGAGGAGAGUCUGCUGGAGGAGGAGAGUCUGCUGGAGGAGGAGAGUCUGCUGGAGGAGGAGAGUCUGCUGGAGAAGAGUCUGCUAGAGGAGGGUCCGCGGUACAUCGCGCCAAACGAUUUUAAUGACACAUAA